AAGGAUGCCGGGUGAUGGUGAGUAGUAUAGAAUCAGUCAUGAGGUUCGGAGCGUGUCUGGUGGCGGCGUGCGUGGUCGCGCUCGCGCAAGCAGGAGGUUACGGCGGAGGAAGCAGUGGGGGCUAUGGCGGCGGCGGCGGAUUCGGCGGUGGUGGCGGCUACGGCGGUGGCGGCGGCGGCGCUUACGGCGGCGGUGGCGGAUUUGGCGGCGGCGACGGCGGCGGAGAAUUCCACGGCGGCUUCAACCUCGAAGGCAUCAAGAGCGGCGUCGACAAAAUCCUAGAGAAAGUCAGAUCUGGUAUCGACCACGCAAAGAGUGUGGGAGGCAGUGCCCAUGGCGGAGGUAGUUUUGGAGGUUCUGGCGGAGGAAAUGAGAAAGUAAUUUAUACGAAGUCGGAUGAUGGUAAAUCUGGCGGGUUCGCCUUUACGGGCACUUUAGGAAAUGGCGGAUAUGGAGGAGGCGGUGGUUACAGCGGCGGUGGAUCUAAUGGAGGUGGCCAGGGAGGUUCAGGAGGAGAGUACGGAGGCGGCGGUGGAUUUGGAGGCGGUGGUGGCCUUGGAGGCGGUGGCGGACAUAACGGUGGAGGAAGUCAUGGCGGUUCUGAUGGAGGAUCAGGCGGAAUAUCGUUCGGAGGAAGCGGUGGAGGUGGAAAGGGCUACGAUAGCUCCACCGGAGGAAGUCACGGCUCUGAUGGAGGUUCUGGUGGAAUCACUUUUGGAGGAGGUAGCGGAGGAAAGGGUGGCUAUGGAGGUGGAGCCUCAUUUGGAAGUGGCGGCGGUUUUAGCGGUGGCGGCGGCUUCGGAGGCGGUAGCGACGGUGGAAAGGCCGCGUACGUUCAGAGUGGUAGUGGAAGUGGAGGCAAUGGGGGCGGAUUAGGAGGAGGUUUCGGAGGCGGAAGCCACGGAGGAUCAGGACAUAGUGGAUCAGACGGUGGAUCUGGCGGCUCUGGAGGUUACGGAGGAGGUGGUGGCCUGGGCGGAGGAGCGGGUGGUGCAUCUGGUGGAUCCGGUGGACAUGGUGGAUCAGGGGGAAUAGGGGGUGCAUUUGGCGGUGCUGGGGGAUAUGGCGGGGGCGGUGGCCUCGGCGGAGGAUUUGGUGGUGGAUCUGGACAUGACGGUCAUGGAUCCGGUGGACAUGGUGGAUCAGGUGGAUUAGGCGGUGGAUCCAGUGGCGCUGGGGGCUAUGGGGGUAGCGGAGGCCAUGGGGGCAGUGAUGCUGGACACGGUGGAGGCUGUGGCUCCUCCUCAUGUGGUUCUGGUGGUUCAGGAUCUGGCGCUUACGCCUCUGCCAGCGCAAAGGCUUCAGCGUCUGCUAGUUCCGGUGGCUACGGUUACGGAAAGUAUCAGACGAUUAGAGACAAACGCAGUUUUAAACGAUAUGGCGGUGUAAAGAAAAUAGUUAUCUACAAAAGUUACGGUGGUGGAUACGGUGGACAUGGAGGUGGCCGGUAUGGCGGCGGCGGUGGCUAUGGAGGCGGCGGUGGCUAUGGAGGCGGCGGUGGCUACGGAGGUGGCUACGGGGGCGGGGGUGGAUUUGGAGGCGGAGGCGGUUACGGAGGAGGGGGUGGUUACGGAGGCGGUGGCGGCGGCGGCGGCGGCGGCGGUGGCGGCGGUGGUUACGGAGGCGGCCACGGCGGCAGCGGCGGUCUCGGAGGCGGCCAUGGUGGCGGCGGCGGAUUAGGAGGCGGUGGCGGCUAUGGUGGCAGCAGCGGUGGUGGCUAUGGCGGCAGCAGCGGUGGUGGCUAUGGCGGCAACAGCGGUGGUGGCUAUGGCGGCAGCAGCGGUGGAGGCGGUGGCCACGGAGACAGCGGUUCCGGUGGAUUCGGAGGCGGAAACGGCGGUGGUGGCGGCGGCGGCUUAGGCGGUGGCCACGGCGGUUCCGGCGGAUUCGGGGGCGGCCACAACGGCGGCGGUAGCGGUGGAUACGGAGGCGGUGGAAAUGGGGGCAGCGGCGGCGGCUUCGGCAGUGCGAGUGCUAAAGCUAGCGCCAGUGCCAGUGCCAGCUCUAGCGCUGGAGGCGGUGGCGGAUACAAGAGCGGAUACGGCCGUUAAGAUCCCAGCUUCAGGGCAGAGAUUCAAGAACCCCAAUGUGAUACUUUAGAUAUAUUUAUGCCAUAAUUUUGUAGAUAUGUAUAAAAUAUACGAUAUGUUUCU